CUUUUAUUACGGUUUGAACAUUAAUCAAUAUAUCACCUAAGUAUGUAUACAAGAGAUAUCGAACAGACCGUCAGAAACAAAAUGAAAACGGACACUCAGGAUAUUAUAGAUGAAGAGAUUAUUUUACGUGCUAACUACGUUUUUGGACGUAUUAAUCCACCAGUAAAAUGUAAUAGCGUCGACGAAAUAGAUGUCUCUCACUUUGUUUUAAUCUAUCAGGCCCUGACAGAGGAGGGAAUUCCAGGGUCAAAGAAUAUGACUUCCGAAAGAACAAAGCAAACAAUUGGCCAGUUUAUGAUCAACACAAUAGCAGACGACAUUCUCCAACUGCCGUUAGAUCACGUGACAGGCAAAGGUAUUGUCGAUAAAGACAGGAGAGUUCUGAAAGAUCUGUUAGACAUAUUUAUCGAAUUGAUCGAAGCGUCAGACUUAGAUCCGGAAAAUGACACUUCUUCACUUUUGACGGAUAGCAGAACUAUUCCAUCAAACAUCAGACAUGCCUUGAGAGAUAUCGAAGUAAGUGCCGCGCAGAUGAUGGGGUCGAUAUCAAAAUUACACGAUGCUGCAUCAUCAAAAAAGCCAAAGACAAGAUUUACCCAGACCACACCUACACAGUUUACGUCAUCGUCUACCAGCCCUGUUACAUGGGGGAAAGUUUUGUACAGCUAUCAAGAUAAAGGUAAACAGAACAAACAAUUUGAAAGUCAGCAACAACCUGCCAGAAGAGCCCUAGGGUCAUUGUCUAACUAUUCUCCACGUCGUUUGACAAAGGCUUGCAAACCUAAAGCCGUCAUCAGUACAAAAUGUAAACGCACCAGUCCAGUUGUUAUACAGAGGAAAAGGAGUACUGUGAGGACAAGACCAGUCAAAACAAAGAUACCAAUCAAAGAAAACAACGAACAAGCAUUAGUCGACGAAAUUGAAAGAGUUAAAGAAAGACGAAAAGAAAUUACACAGCAUAUUAAUCAGUUACAGAAUGAAGAUCAGCGUUUACAAACACUCCAGUCCAUCAUGAGUAAAGAAUUGAGACUUUUACAAGUUGGUAAUUCGAAAGAGCCAAGGAAACUACAGAAGAGUUUGACACGACGAAAUCCGUCGUCAGCUGUUACAAGACCAGUCUAUUUUAGGUGAUACAAAAAUAUGACCAGUUGACCUUCAACUCUUGAGACAACUUGUACUUAUUUCGGCAGUUUAGAACAAUUAAAAAUUGAACUUGUAA